GUCGGGCUUUCCGGGCCGCUGCCGUCAUGGCGAGCUGCUCGUCCUCCGGCAACUUGAACGCCGUGAGGGAGACGAUGGACGUGCUGAUGGAGAUCUCGCGGCUGCUCAACACCGGCCUGGACGCGGAGACGCUCUCCAUCUGCGUGCGGCUGUGCGAGCAGGGCAUCAACCCCGAGGCCUUGUCCGCCGUCAUCCGGGAGCUGCGCAAGGCGUCCGAGGCCCUGAAGGCUGCUGACAAUAUGACAAAUUAAAUCGAGAAGAUUGUUUUUCCACUGAGAUGAAGCUUCUGGGAAAUAGAAGAUUUUUGUUGAAGAUGUUGGUUAUUGGUUGUGUAAGUUUCUCACAGAUGUUGUAGACGUACAGUGAUUUUUAAAUACCUACUAACCAACCAUCUUUCAAAAUGCAUUUUCUAUCUUUGUUGCAUAUGAUUUAAAAGUCUUGAAAUUAUUUGUUAACAAACACAGAAAUUGGUUUUAUUGUCCCAGUUGAAACAUGUGCCUCAUAUUUGAUAAAAUGUUGACUCUGUAUCAUUCAGAUGUAGCCAAUAGGCUUAUCGUUAGAAGACAGACUUCUGCAUGAAGGAGUUCACUGCGGUGAAUUAAUUUGUAAAGGUUUAUUUCCUACAUAUUUCCAACUUGCUAGUUGUUUCACUGAAAUUAAAAAAAAUGAUAUACUGUGAUAAAAAAGGCUGGUGGUCAUGAAAAAUAAGUUUCAGUUUCAAAUUUAUCCCAAUUGCACCAUCAACAUCUGGGUAAAAAAGGAGGUUUCCGUGUUGCAGUACUGAGAAUAGAGCUAGAAUGAAACAAUGCCUUUUGAACUAAUCUAUCCUGCAAACUUUAUUAGCAACGUGCUUGUUGAUCAAGUUUUAUAAUGUCGAUCUUUGGGUAAGCUGUCCAAAUGACUGUUGCACAUUAUGAAAACAGGGACAGCUUAUCAAAAUGUUGCAAAAGCUAUCCCUGGUAUUUUCUCCCGGUUUCAUAGAGAAAUGUACAUCUAGUGAAAAUGGAAAAUUGCACAUAAAUCACAGAUAGGGGAAAAAUAUGCUAUGAAAAUACCUUAUUAGAGCAGGGGUCCCGAACCCCCGCACUGCGGUCCAGUGCUGGGCCACAGCCUGUUCGGAACCGGACCUCAGAAAUGGCGGGCGAACGUGCACAACAUGUGCAAUGCUGUAUUUGUGAAAGUGGUGUGCGCACAUGCGUGAAACCCUCCCCUCUCCCACCCCCCGCCAGUCAGCCGAGCCGGAAAGAUUGGAGACAACUGCAUUAGAGCUGGUUUGAUGUAGUUGAGGCACCAGACUAGGAAGUGGGAGAUUAUGAGUUCAAGUUCCGCCUUAGCCAUGAAAGCCAGCUAAUGUGACUUUGGGCCAGUCGCUCUCUUGAGUUCAACCCAGCUCACAGAGUGAUGGUUGUGGGAAAGACAUGAGGAGGAAGGUUGGAUAUGAUCACCGCCUUGAGUUACUUUGUAAAAUAAUAAAGGGAAGAUAAAUAAAUAAAAAAUAAGAUACCUUUUAAUGUAUUUAUGAAAAAAACCAUGUUUCUUUUAAAAACUUAGCAUUAUAUUUAUUUUGGCUCUUUUUUUUCCUUUUGAUAACUUUUUAAAUGAUUUUUGUGUUGUUUUUUCUUACAUUCUAUUUAAAAAGCUAAAUAAAAAGUGGUUGUCUCGGAGUUAAAUUAAUCUCUUGGAUGGUGUGCUAUUAAUAACAACAAAACCUCCGUGUUUAUCUUUCGCUGAAAUAAAACAGCCUUGUUUUUUGUUCAGUGUGAUGCAUUUUCAUGACAGAAGUCUUGCAAUCUUUAUGGUGUAAACACUUCAAGAACUGGAGUUUGGUUUAUGGUAAAUAAAGCCAGUCAUUGUACA